ACUUGUAGUACGAAGGAAGGUGUUGACCGCUAAUAAGUAUGUUCUUGUAAAUUGAACUUUUCAAUAAUUAACAGGUUGAUGUGGUUGAUAGACGAGUGUGAACGAAAUCAAGAUGUCAAGUAACAGGGGGAUUGAUAGCAAUCCAUCAACAAUCAUGAAUACCAAGGAGAAGGAGAAAUACAUCGAAGAAUUUGAUUUUCCUUUUUGUGAUGAAGCUGCCAAAUAUGAAAAAGUGGCUAAAAUUGGACAAGGCACUUUUGGUGAGGUGUUCAAAGCCAAGGAUAAGAAGACCAACAAAAAAUUUGUUGCUAUGAAGAAAGUUUUAAUGGAUAAUGAAAAAGAAGGAUUCCCGAUCACAGCCUUGCGGGAAAUCCGCAUUCUGCAGCUCCUGAAACAUGAAAAUGUGGUUAACCUUAUAGAAAUAUGUAGAACCAAAGCCAAUCAGUACAACAAGUAUCGUUCAACCUUCUACCUGGUGUUUGAUUUCUGUGAACACGACCUAGCUGGCCUCUUGUCGAAUGUUAACGUAAAGUUUAGUUUAGGGGAAAUCAAGAAAGUAAUGCAGCAGCUACUGAAUGGCCUGUACUACAUCCACAGUAAUAAGAUCCUGCAUAGAGAUAUGAAGGCAGCAAAUGUGCUUAUCACAAAAAAUGGAAUAUUGAAGUAUACGAAUCGUGUUGUAACUUUGUGGUACCGCCCACCAGAGUUGUUGCUGGGUGAUCGCAACUAUGGGCCACCAGUUGAUUUGUGGGGUGCUGGCUGCAUUAUGGCUGAGAUGUGGACCCGAAGUCCCAUCAUGCAAGGGAAUACAGAGCAGCAGCAGCUCACAUUCAUUUCUCAGUUGUGUGGCUCAGUCACUCCAGAAGUGUGGCCUGGAGUCGAGUCCUUGGAACUUUACAAUAAGAUGGAGUUACCUCGUGGGCAGAAACGUAAGGUGAAAGAGCGUUUGAAGCCUUAUGUGAAGGAUCCAUAUGCCUGUGAUCUACUGGAUAAGCUGCUGGUACUAGAUCCAAGCAAACGCUAUGAUUCUGAUUCUGCCUUGAAUCACGACUUCUUCUGGACUGACCCAAUGCCUUGUGAUCUGUCCAAAAUGCUGGCGCAACACACACAAAGCAUGUUUGAAUAUCUUGCACCACCUCGUAGGCCUGGACAUAUGCGACCACACCAUCACCACCAGGGUGGUGCUGGAGCAGCUGGUGCAGCUGCGAAACCAUCUUCAUCCAUGGACAGUGGUUAUCAAGACCGAGUUUUCUGAUCAGCUUGAAAUUUCAGUUCCAAUGAACUGGAACAGUGUGAAGUUCAUUACUCAGUACCUGAGCUCUUCCUCAUAGAAUUUUGACUUUUGUCUUUCAUGCCUCUCAGUUCAAUUGGUUAUGUGUCCAUGUGUGAGUGCGCAUGUGUUAUAUUGAAUCUUGAUAUUAGUGAAACCAAAAACCAUAGUUGUAUCCUUCUCAAGGAAAAGUAACACAUUGAUGUAUAAGUAUUUUAAGGUUUGUCAAUCCUCUAUAACCAGCAGACACUCUAUUCAAGACAUGGGAACAUUUUCGGAUUCCGUACUUCUGUAAUCAUGUCAGCUCCGUAUUAUCUCAAUGUGUUAAGUUGCUGGAUUUACUUUGCAGCAUAGCCCUUGCCUUCUUAUCCCUUGGCUCUCUGUAUAUAUAUUGUAACGUGUUUCGUUGCUGACUGUUUUGUUACUUUGACUUUGACAGUGAGGCGAGGAGCGAGAUAUACUAGUGACAGUGUGCCAUUACCAAGGAACGACUAGUAAAAACUUGGCGCUUGCAGUAUAAUUUACGGAGUGUGUAGAA